UGUUUGCGUGUACAUGUGAAGGGUCAGUGCCAAGGGACUGUUACUGUAUACCAUCUGAUGGAUACACCAGUCAGUCUAUCUGUGAGGACAGCUGCUUUACCAGCAUUCCUGGAGUAUCUCUCUCUCUCUCUCUCUCUCUCUUAUCUCUUUCAGUCUCUCAGAUUUUUUUCUGGCACACAGAUAGACUGUUUCUAUUUCUCUCACUCUCUCUCUCUCCGUCUAUCUCCUUUCCCUUACAGUCUUUUUCUGGCACAAAGACUCUCUCUCUCUCUCUCUCUCUCUCUCAAUCUGACACACUAACCGACUGUCUGUCAACACAAGGGCUGUCACAUCACCUGCCGUCUCCCGUCCUCAUAUCCUCAUACCACGCACUGCAGGAGCAAUAUCCAUCCAUCCACCCAUCCAUCCAUCUCUCCAGCUAUGAUCCAGACCAAAGGCAUGGCCCCGGACUGCAGCGACGGCCACAAUGAGGCCACCGAGAGCAGCCUCAACAGAAAGAUUGACCUGGUCAACAGAGACCCCAAAGGCCUGAACGAGGAGGCAGUGAGGGUGGACUUUGAGGAUGUCAUUGCCGAGCCGGACGGGACCCGCAGCCUGGAUGGCGUUUGGAAGGCCAGCUACAGCGCCUUCACCGUGUCCAAAUACUGGUGCUACCGGCUGCUGUCGGCACUCCUGGGCGUGCCCCUGGCACUGCUGUGGGGCGUGCUCUUUGCCACGCUGUCGUUCGGCCACGUGUGGCUGGUGGGUCCCUGCGCCCACAGCUGCCUCGUAGAGUGGCAGUGCCUGGGCCGAGUGUACGGGCAUGGGGUGCGCGCGCUCUGUGACCCCCUGUGUGAGUCCGUGGGCAGGAUGUUCCAGAGCGUGCGAGUGGUCCUGAGGAAAGAGAUAUGACCACGUGCAGAGGUCAGUCAUGGACUAGACUCUCUUGAGAAAUCUGCACACGCAUCCAAUUUCAAGCUUUGGGGUUUGAUUCUACCUGACUGGGUCAACUUCACUCAGUGCUUCCAACAACCAAGUUCGCAAAAAAUGAAAUGAGAGCUCACCUGUUUCUCCAAAGGGACCCAGAGGAGAAAUAAGCCGAGAUAAGAACAGCUUGAGAAGAAAAACAAGAAUAUUUUGAGAUCUUCAGUUGAACUUAAAUUGGAAAUUGGAGACAAGAGGAGCACUAUUUCACAACUGAUAAAUUGUCCUUCGGGCAACACUGUUUUAUAACUAUAUCACUAAAAUGUAAAAUAUUGUAACUGACUAACACAAAAUUAAAUAUCUUUACAUGGUUUUGCAAUGUUUGCCAAUGCAUGAUAGAGGUGACACAGAAGAGUUUGAAAUCUGUCUGCCCUUUCCAGCUCUUUCUGAUCAGAUUUUUCUGAGAUCAGAUAAAGCUGAAAACUGCUAGAAGCGUGCCUACACAAACAGCUCAUACCCAACCCACUCAGGACACAGACUGCUGUGGAUGAUGUGGAUCUUUUUUUUCUACUCAAAUCUGUUUGAUGUGUGUAAAAUCACAACCUGAUUCAUCUCUGUCCUUCUUGUGUCCAUGUAGCAUUAAACUUCAUUUAAACAUAUCAAUUCACCUAACAGAGAUAUCUCAGAGAGCGAUACAUUUUCACAUACACUUGUUUCAAACAUCAAUAAAGGUAAAGGUUGGACUGUA